AUGGAAGACCAAGACUUUGAGUCUAUAGUCACCUCUCAUUGGGGUGGGGGUGGGGCGAGGCCACCUUUCCAGCGAGCACAUUCAUCUCCUCCUUUGGCUCUGAUCUGCAGCAGUCAGUAUAUGAGAUUAGAGUCUGAUGGGCACCUAAGGCUGCAUCAAUGGUCUGAUGAUGAAAAUCAGUGGCUUGAGUCUGAUGUAAUGGAGAUCUCUCGUCACUGUGAUGAUUCCCGAAGACCGUGCUGGUCGAAUGGGGAGUACAUGAUGUCUGGUGAUUGUGCUUACCCAAAAGUGUGCGGGGAGUACGGGAUAUGCACAAAUGGGCAGUGCACCUGUCCUCAUGAGAGUAAUACUAAUUCAAACUACUUCAAGCCAGUAGAUGACCGGAAAGCAAAUCUUGGUUGUAAGCCACUAAAUCCAAUCUCUUGUCAGGACAUGCAACAUCAUGAGCUCUUAAUGCUUACAGAUGUUUCCUAUUUUGAUAAUAGCCAUGCCGUUGUGAAUUUAACAAACAGAAAUGAUUGUAAGCAAGCCUGCUUGAAGAAGUGCUCCUGCAGGGCUGUUAUGUUCAGGUAUGGCCAGAACGAUUCCAAUGGUGAAUGUUUCUGGGUAACAAAGGUUUUCUCGUUGCAAUCAAUAAAACCUGAAGCUGCUCAUUACAACUCCACUGCUUAUCUCAAGGUGCACCUUAGCCCCUCCAGACGUUACAACUCUACUGCAUACUCCAACUCCAGUUCUGCUCCCACUCCAAACAAAAGGAAGGUCAUUUUAGCAAUUACAGUUCCAACAACAAGUAUUCUUGUAUUACUUCUCAUUGUUGCCAUUCUUUAUCUGCAAAGGAAGAGGAAGUAUGAAGACAGCGAUGAAGACUCUGAAUUUGAUAAUUUAUCAUCAGGAAUGCCAUUGAGGUUUUCUUUUGAGAAGUUGAGAGAAUGCACCAAAGGUUUCAGUCAAAAACUCGGGGGAGGUGGAUUCGGUUCUGUUUUUGAAGGGAAACUGGAUGAAGAGAGAGUUGCAGUGAAACGUUUGGAAGGUGCUAGACAAGGAAAGAAAGAAUUCUUGGCCGAGGUUGAAACUAUUGGCAGCAUUGAACACAUCAAUCUUAUCAAGCUUAUUGGCUUCUGUGUAGAGAAAUCUCAGAGGCUUCUGGUAUAUGAAUAUAUGUCGAGAGGGUCACUUGAUAGGUGGAUCUACAACUGUCAUAAUAAUGCCCCUUUUGAUUGGUGCACCCGAUGUAGGAUUAUUCUAGAUAUUGCCAAGGGCCUAUGUUAUCUUCAUGAAGGGUGCAGGCGAAAAAUCGCUCAUUUGGACAUCAAACCACAAAACAUUCUUUUAGACGAGAACUUCAGUGCCAAAGUGGCUGAUUUUGGACUAUCUAAGUUAAUAGACAGGGAUCAAAGCAAGGUAGUGACAAUGAUGAGAGGAACACCUGGGUAUCUGGCGCCUGAAUGGUUAACAUCGCAAAUCACUGAAAAAGUCGAUGUGUACAGCUUUGGAGUUGUUAUCUUGGAAAUAAUAAGUGGAAGAAAAAGUAUUGACCAUUCUCGGCCCGAGGAGAAUGUUCAUAUUAUUUAUUUAUUACAAGAAAAGGCUCGAAACAAUCAGUGGAUUGAUCUGAUCGAAAAUAAUAGUGAUGAUAUGGUCUCACGCCAGGAGGAAGUGAUUCAAAUGAUGAAACUUGCAAUGUGGUGCCUGCAGAAUGACAGCAGCCAUAGGCCUUCCAUGUCAACGGUGAUCAAGGUGUUGGAAGGUACUAUAAGCGUUGAAGCUGACAUAAUUCAGAGCUUUCUCAAUGCAAACUCUGCCAUGUCUGUUCAAGAUAAGCCAUACCCAUAUUCGGUUCGUGAAGCAUCUAUCUUAUCUGGCCCACGGUGA